AUGACAAAGUACGGUAUACCAAUCUUCCUCGAGGACAAGAGCGGCAAGCUCACCGGAUCCGAGUUUAUCGACAUCCAUGAUCGCAUGCGAUUCAGUUAUCGGUGUACAGCUCGAGAUGGUACGCAUACGGCGUAUAUGAUCUUCAACCUCACCGCUGCGGCUGUGAUGUAUCACCCUCGGGCGAUCGCUGCGCUGGAUUUUGGACCGGGGAAUUCUCUGGGGACGAUCAGCUGGGGUGGGGUGACGAUUCCGAUGAAGAAGUAUUUGGUAAGGGUGUCGAAUCGUGGAAGGGCGCGCAAGUUUGUGGCAUCGGAUUCUCAAGAGUAUAUCUGGAGCUGGCGGACAAAGGAUAAUCAAGAGUGGACGUGCACGAACGUGAAUGGGUACCUUGUCGCAUAUUACAGCUUGAAAGUGCCAGGUGAACCGCCGUAUGAAGGGUCUUCUGGGUGUUCCUUGACGGUUGAUGAAGCGUAUGGUCAUCUUGCUGCUGAAUGUUUGGCGUCAUUGAUGAUUAUGCGGCAUAUCGCAGAAUAUAACCUUUAA